GUUCCAACUCUGUUUCAGACUGGCGAUGGCACGCCGCUCUACACACAUCAGUACUCGGUGACGGGGAAUGAGAAGGACGUGCUGGUGAGGCAGGGUGAGCUGGCUGGUCUUCCAGGGGUAUUCUUGGUCUACGAGUUCACCCCAUUCAUGGUGCAGAAGACAGAGAAGAACGUGCCGAUCACCCACUUCCUGAUCUCCGUCUGUGCGAUCAUCGGGGGCGUCUUCACCGUUGCAAGUCUCCUCGAUGCCGUUCUGUAUCGAACCGCGAAGCAGCUUGGGAAGCCGAAGUCCGUCGCGUGA